GCCUAGCUGGCGGGCAAACGUUGCAGCAUCCAACUGCUAUGAAGGCGGUAAGGAGAGCGUUGGCUGGCACUCGGAUCAGUUGACCUAUCUUGGACCCUAUGCAACUAUUGCCUCGCUGAGUUUGGGUACAUGUAGAUUGUUUGGAUUACGGGAGGUAGUUCCUACUAACGAAGCGAAUACCCGCAAAGCACGCACUUUCAACGUCCCUCUGCCACAUAAUUCACUCGCUAUCAUGCAUGCAUCGUGUCAAGAAUCGUUCAAACAUUGCAUUGUCCCUCAAACCGCAAUUGACUUAUUCCGCCCAACAUAUCCUCGAUCGCCCGGAGAACCCAUUGAGCCGUCUAAAUGUCGAAUCAACAUCACGUUCCGGUUCUAUCGGCCUGAUUUUCGUCCCGAAAGUAUACCGCAUUGCAAGUGUGGCAUCCCUACCAUUCUUCGCACGGAAAUGAAAAGUAGAGGUGUGGGAAAGUCCGAUCGGUAUUGGUGGACCUGUUAUGCCGGGGCUCAGAAUGACGGCAAAGGUUGCGACUUUUGGCGUUUGAUGGACCUGGAAGCGGAGGGAAGAGGUCAAAAACCCAAGUCCAGAUGAUGGAAUUGGCUGUGUGUGAACACAGGAGAUUACUCAUACAAUAUUAUCACAUGCUAACUACCCGCGUUGUUGCAAGCGUGUCGUGGAAAAUCCUACUGAUGAUCCGGCUCGCCGCUCGGAUCGACGAACAGAGGGGCUUUCGCAUCUACACGUGCGCAGAACAUGACCGCACGUGCAAGCUCGCCCCUCGCAGGGUGAGCGCAGCACCGAGCAAGCCGCCACGCAGUGCGUCAUAUCUCUUGCGCGUGACAAUAGCUCGCUUGUUCAUUUCUCCCUCGUCUGACUCUAAGUUCCUCCACAACGCACGAAAUCACAUGAUGGUGGUUCCAUCAGACACCGGGUGCCGGAGUUUCCGAAAUGGCUACUAGACGGCUGAGCGGAUGUCACCGAACACAUCGUCCGGCUUCUUACCACUUACUAGCAUGUCUCCCUCCAAUUAUCUUGUCGAGGACGCUCUGGUGGCCCUGCCAGCCAAGAUUCCAUUUGACAAGCAGUCUCUGCCUUUGCCUGGCACCAAACGUCCCGGCCAAACUGCCCACUAUGUCAAUGCCAUGUGGGGUCUACUCGAUCCUGCUGAGCAUAGGCUGAAGACGGUGGCUGACAUCUUUAUCAGUGGGAUGUCACUCGGGAAGGACCGGCCUUUGCUCGGGCACCGACCAGUUCUUUCGAAGAAGCCGCUGACGUUUGCGAACCGCUACGAGUGGCUCACAUACGGACAAGUCGAUGUGCGGCGCAGGAACUUGGGUAGUGGUCUGUUGCAACUAUUCAGCGACCCUGCAUCCGGAGUCGGUGGUGGAGAGCUGGAGACGGUCGGGAUUUGGUCAAUCAACCGCCCCGAAUGGCAAAUCGUUGACCUGGCUCUUAUGAGCUACAAGAAGGUCAACGUUAGUUUGUACGAUACUUUGGGCAAGGAUUCUGUCGGCAACAUCAACCAUGCCCACCUCACCAUCAUAUUCGCGACUCUGGAUCACAUCCCGGCUUUGCUAAAGCUUGCACCGAAGACUCCGCAGUUGAAGGUCGUGGUCAGCAUGGAUGUUCUGUCUGCUGACGUGCGACAAGUCUUCGGCGAGUGGGGGCAAUCCGUCGGCGUUUCCGUUGUGGACAUGGGAGACAUCGAGGCACUUGGCUUGGCUCACCUCUCUGAACCGAUCCCCCCGUCACCGGAAGAUAUCGCGUCUAUCUGCUACACGUCGGGAACGACGAGCAUGCCCAAAGGUGCUGUGCUGACCCAUGGUCAAUUGAGCAGCUCAGUCGUGACCAAUCUGCUGGGUCUCAAUAUCCCAUCGAACACCACCAUGAUGUCUUAUCUUCCUCUGGCCCAUAUCUACGAACGUGUCAACGAGCAAAACUGUAUCGCCGUCGGUGGAAACAUUGGGUUCUUCACGGGUGAUCCCUUGCGCUUGAUCGAAGACUGCCAGAUCCUCAAGCCCGCUUUCUUCCCUGGGGUUCCGCGUGUUCUGAAUCGAGUGUAUCAAUCGGCGAUGGCUGCUGCCAACGUGCCCGGCUUCAAGGGCGACUUGUUUAGGAGAGCUAUGGCCGCGAAAUUGGAGAAGUUCCGCGCGACUGGAGACAACACGCACUUCUUCUGGGAUAAGCUUGUCUUCCGCAAGAUUCAAGCCGUACUCGGAGGAAAUAUCCUCCUCGUCACCAGUGGCUCUGCCCCAAUCAGCGGAGAUGUCGUCGACUUCUUGAAUGUGGCGUUUGGCUGCCAGAUCAUUGAAGGCUACGGGAUGACGGAGACCUGUGCCGUGGCGACAAAAACAUGGCCGGGAGACGCAUCCGCUGGAGGCUCUGUCGGUCCCCCGCAAUCAGCCAAUCUCAUCAAGCUGGUGGAUGUCCCUGCUAUGAACUACACGUCCGAAGACAAACCCAAUCCCCGGGGUGAGAUGUGUGUAAAGGGCAUCAACACUUUCUUGCGCUAUUACAAAGAUGAGAAGAACACUGCGAGCACCAUCGAUUCGGAAGGCUGGUUGCACACCGGGGAUGUCGCUGAAAUCGACUCUUGCGGACGCUUCAGGAUCAUCGAUAGGGUCAAGAACAUCAUGAAACUGGCUCAAGGCGAAUACGUCGCCCUCGAGAAGGUCGAAAACACGUACAGCACGGUUCCUGUAGUGGCUCAGCUCUACGUCCAUGGAGACUCGCUGCAGUCCUUCCUGAUCGGUGUGGUCGUCGCCGACCCGAUUCAGCUCGCCCCUCUUGUUUCGAGGGUCCUGGACAAGAAGGUCGCUUCUGAUGACCUGGUUGCCCUGUCCGCGGCCUGCAAGGACGAAGGGGUCGUUGCCAGCGUUUUGAAUCUCCUUUCGAAAGAAGCCAAGAAGAAUGCGCUCAAAGGAUUCGAGACUGUGAAGCGCAUCCACUUGACCUUGGACAUGUUCACGGUUGAGGAGGGGACCAUGACGCCAACGAUGAAGCUUAGACGGAAAGAUGCGUACAACAAAUUCCAGACGGAACUAGAUGCCUUAUAUGCUCUGGGAGAGCCGUCGUCCUCCAGCACAAAACUGUAGGGCUUGGCGUCAGGACUGUCGCAUUGUGCAUCGUGCACUACACCAUCUGAUGCUGUAUCUAAUAAACUAAUGAUAUCCUGGAUCAUGCUACAUUUGGGAAUUGUGACUACUAGCAGAAAAUACAAUAAAGGAGGGCGGCCAUAAUGGGUCUGCUCAGGGUGCAGAUAGAAUGAUCUGGGCAUGUUGAGGGUGGCGAAAAAAUACACGGAGAAGUACGGCUUACGCUCAUGAAUUGCUCGUAGUUGAUUUGGAUCCAACCGUCUCGGUCAGUAUCCGCUUUCUGGAACGCCUCAGUCAAUGUCUUGACUACGACGCAGGCCCUGACGAAGCGGUCGAACGUGAUGCCGGGAGGGGGGCCAUAGCCAGUCGUGGGUACAGAUGCUGUAGACGGUCCCGUUCAGAUAACAUUGGUGGAUCAAGAGCAAGUCAGAACGCACAGUAUUUGCGCUCGACGAGAGUUAGCAGGGUGGGCGACAGAUUGUACCCGAAGCUCCGUAAUGCCUGAGCCAGCUCCCCUCCCUCAAUCGACCCAGAUCCAUCGCGAUCGAAAUGCCGGAAGACAUUCUGCCAGUCCGAUAUGUACUUCCAGAGCCCGGUGAACUCUAUGGGGGGUCGUGUUCAGCUUCGCCAAGCAACACAACCCGAUCUAACCUUUAAAGUCAAUCGUGCCGCUCCGAUCCGUGUCAAAGAUGCCCAUGAGCAUUUUCACAGUAUCAAGAUCGAAUC